AGCUACUUCCAAUAGACUGGAUCUGAGUGGGUGCUCUUCAGUCUGGUCAGAAGUGAAUGAGUAUGAAGGACGCGGGGGAAAUGGAGUGGCUUUGAAGAGACACGCCGAUUAAAGCGAAGGGAUUUGUACUACCUGACGCGGAUUUACUACAUUUGCAGCUCUUCCCGGUGAGAAAGGAAAGGGUUUGAAAGAUGAUGUCUGACGCCAGUGAGAUGUUGGCAGCAGCCUUGGAGCAGAUGGAUGGGAUCAUCGCAGGCUCCAAGGCCAUGGAUUACUCCAACGGCCUCCUGUUUGACUGCCAGUCACCCACCUCACCCUUCCUGGGCAGCCUGCGUGCACUUCACCUGCUGGAGGACCUGCGGGGAGCGCUGGACAUGAUGGAUAAUGAGGAGCGAGAGAGUUUACGCAGCCAGAUUCCACACACCACAGCAGAGGGCCUGGUGGAGUGGCUGCAGGGCAGACUGACCAAUGGCCAUGGGUCUACAGCAGGGGAUUUGGUGUAUCAGGAGAGACUCUCUCGGCUAGAGAGCGACAAGGAAUGUCUGGUGCUUCAGGUAAGCGUUCUGACAGAUCAAGUGGAGGUCCAGGGAGAAAAGAUAAGGGACCUAGAUAUGUGCCUUGAGGAACACCGGAUGAAGCUUAAUGCCACUGAAGAAUUACUACAGCAGGAGUUGCUAAGCAGGAGUACAUUAGAGACCCAGAAACUAGAGUUGUUGACGGAGAUAUCCAGCCUGAAACUGAAGCUGGCAACUGUUGACCGGGACAACAGGGAAAGUGAGGGCCUGUAUCAGGAGCUGAGUGAAAUGCGCCUCAGAAUGGCUGCUGUGGAAACUGAGAAACUACAGCAGGAGAGAAGCCUGAAGUCAACCAAAGAGGACCUGAUAACGGUGCAGAGGCAGCUGGAGGUGGCGGAGCAGGAGCUGAGGAACCUGAAGGAGAAGGUGUUACCGGAGGUCGUGACCGCAGAGGGAAGCCAGAGCAGAGAGAAAGAAAUGGAAGUGCAGAGAAUGAGACGGGCUGUGGAGUCUUUAAUGGCGGCCAAUGAUGAGAAGGAUCGUAAGAUUGAGGAGCUGCAGCAGUCACUGUUGCGCUUCAGGAAAGUGCAGGACAUGGUGAUGUCAGUACAGGGACAGAAAGUUUCAGACAAGGCUAAGGAAGAGGACAUUAGAAUGGGUCUGUAUGAAGGUUUCGCUGUAGCCUCAGCAGCCACACUUACUGAAGGCGUUUCUCUGGGAGGUGCAGAGGAGACUGAUGAGCCUCAGCUGAUUCCAUGUACUGAGCUCCUCUCUGACUCUGAGCUUUCCAUCAUAUCCGACUCCAAACCAGCGGGUCUCACAGAACCAGGUCCUGCACACAGGUCUACUGAUGGACUUGGGUCAGAAAGCACAGUCCCUGCUGCCGUCAGAGAGGAGGUUGAAGUUGAUGGAGAUAGCAAAAAGAACUCUCCAUCAGCCCCCAGCUCAAUUCAACCCAGCCCAGGAGAGAACGACAGCUUCGGCACCAGAAAAAGUCGCUCCUCGUUUGGAAGGGGAUUUUUCAAGAUCCGAAGUGGAAAGAGGACAGCCAGUGCUCCAAACCUGGCUGAGGCUGAGCGGAAAAGAACUGAGCACUUGGAUUUGGCUGGCACUUCAUCUCCAAAACCAAAGGAGGGGGAGAAAUUCUCACCAGAGACCAAGAAGAAAGUGAAGGGCAUCCGCAAGUUUUUGGGAAUAAUGAGGAGGAGCCAGUCCACUUCCUUUAACCUGGAUGAUGCUCCUGAGUCAGAGUUCAAAAGGGGAGGAGUCAGAGCCACAGCUGGACCCAGGCUAGGUUGGUCACAUGACUUGCAGCGCGGUAACAAUAAUGAGCUGGACACUCCGUUUGCACGCUGGAGUAAAGAGCAGGUGUGCAUGUGGCUGCAGGACCAGGGUUUGGGUCUUUACCUCAACCAUGCUCAGCAGUGGAUCCGCUCAGGGCAGACGCUGUUAAACGCCUCACAGCAUGACCUGGAAAAGGAACUGGGCAUCAGGCAUCCUCUCCACAGAAAGAAACUGCAGCUGGCCCUUCAGGCUCUGGGGUCAGAGGAGGAUGACUCCAUGGGCAAACUGGACUUCAACUGGGUGACUCGGUGGCUGGAUGAUAUUGGGCUUCCUCAGUACAAAUCUCAGUUUGAUGAGGGUCGAGUGGAUGGAAGAAUGCUUCACUUCAUGACUGUAGAUGAUUUGCUGGGUCUGAAGGUGGGCAGUGUGCUUCACCAUCUCAGCAUUAAGAGGGCCAUCCAGGUGCUGCGGAUCAACCACUACGAGCCCAACUGCCUCCGCCGGAGACCCUCCAAUGAGAAUAAUAUCACACCAGCAGAAGUGUGCGAGUGGACCAAUCACAGAGUAAUGGAGUGGCUGCGCUCUGUGGACUUGGCUGAAUAUGCACCCAACCUAAGAGGAAGUGGGGUGCAUGGUGGUCUGAUGGUUUUAGAGCCUCGGUUCAAUGUCGAGUCCAUGGCCCUCCUCUUGAACAUCCCACCCAGCAAAACCCUGUUGAGGCGUCACCUGGCAACCCACUUUCACCUCCUGAUUGGUGGAGAAGCGCAGAGACUCAAGCAGGAAUGUUUGGAGAACCCUGACUACACACUGCUCACGGCCACGGCCAAAGUCAAGCCGAGACGCCUGUCGUUUGGAGGGUUUGGGACGUUGCGGAGGAAGCGUCAGGAGGACAGUGAGGAGUAUGUGUGUCCCAUGGAUGUGCAGAUGCCCCAGAGCAGCAGCUUCCACAGAGGUCUGCCCAUGUACGAGGAUGAACUGGACCGACUGGAGCAGAUGGAGGACUCUGAGGGCACAGUGAGGCAGAUCGGAGCCUUCUCAGAAGGGAUCAAUAAUCUGACUAGCAUGCUGAAGGAGGAUGAGCUCUUCAAGGAAAUAUCAUCUGAUGCUAAUGAGUCCAGCGCAUGAAGAACCGGCCUGUCCAUCACCAGUUUGGUUCAUUGCUCCAUAACUGGAUGAAGCCGUGUAGCCGAGUCCAGUGUUGUGACGUUUUUCCAUGAAAGGUGUAUACACAGCGCCACCUGGGGAGAGCUUUACUAUUCUAUAAGCAUACUGUGGUGCAAUACCUUCAUAAUGAUCAGCAAGUAUGACCAGAAGUAUUUCACAGGAACAGUGUUAUUUAUUAGCUUUUUACCAUCUGCAGUAUAAUAAACAGUGUUACAGUAUUUAUCAGAUCAGGGCCAAACUAAAACCAAACCAAACCAAAGACUGCCACUGACAAUGACCAAAGACAUUUAAAACACUUACUUUUCACUUAGCACUUCCCUUUUAUAUCAGCUAUAUUUUAACAUACACACUUUUGCAUAUCGUCGCAUGUGUUAGUCAGUACUAAAUGUGAACACUUGGUACAUGGCAGGUGCAUUUGGGAGGGGAAUACAGUAAUAUUCUCAUUAAAAGCAUUUAACCUGUGAAGCAGUGAAAAUGAAUAAAUGAAUGAAUGAAUGCAAAUGUACUCUGUUUUUAGGGGUUUUAAAAUCAAUAAAAUGUUGUGAAUGUUCUUAA